AGAGUACAUUGAACGACGAGUCGGAACUCUUGCAAAGCUUGCGCGGUUCGUUCUGGAAGAAAGCGGCGAGGGAGAAGAUGUUGAGAACUCGAUUGUUUUGGUUCAGUGUUGGAUUUGCGGCCACGUCCGCUUCGAUUUCGCAAUUCGUCUGGAGAGAUCUACUGGCUCAUCGAUGUGCUCUUUCAUCUGAUAUAGAGCGGAAUUUCGAUGCACUGGAAGCUAGAAUCUCGAAUCUUGAGUCGGUUCGAAACCGGGAUUCGAUUCCAUCUGCUGAGCAGGCCAAUGCUGAGUGACUGUCUCUUCGUGGAGCUCGUUAUUUAGGUGAAAUUUUGUACCAACAAUUGCAGGACAAAACCCCAUGUAAAAGGUGCAACUCCGUUCCUUUUUUUGCUUUCUCCUAAAUAAAAUCCGGGUACUUUGUACAAAAGGAGAGCUUCAUGUUAUAUCAAACUAAACUAUUGUAUUUCUUAUUGACACGAGACUUUAAGGAUUGAAUCAUCGACUUUAAGGAUAGAAUCAUCUUGGUCGUGGAAA